AUUCCUUUAUGCGCAAAUCCGGCGGGGAGGGGAAGCAUUCAAAUAUACUGUGUACGGAAGCCGGAAGUUUGUCGGCUUUACUUGUUUUUUCAGAAAGCGUGCAUCCAUGAGCAAAAGAAGAGCGGAGACAAUUUGUUGUGAAGUUCCGCUGAAAAGACGCUUGCGGUCACUGUCUUCUCCUGUAUGUGUAAAAGACCGCAGCAGAGCCGUGGAAAACGUGCUGUCUAUCGAGGGGAGGCGGUGCACCAUUAAGAGGCAACGCAGCUUAGACGAAGAUGACGGUGACUGGAGGACGAAUUCUGUCCCUUGUAGGAAGAGAAAGGAAGAGGAUCAGCUGAGAGCAGAGGAGCCCAAUGCAGUUACUCUGGCCGAUGCUGUGAAAACUGAGAUUGGGUUUAAAACGGCAAAUGAGGACACGCUUCACAAUGACAAGGUAAUUUCAGAAGAGGAAGAUCUUGAAUGUUUUAAUACAUUUCAGUACUGGAGAGCUCCACUGCCAGAAUUAGAUUUAUCUGAGCUUCAGGAUUUAGAUUCUGAUAAAACUUGUAAAACAACAAUGAUAAAUGAGGAAUGUACAGAUGUUGAUAUGGAAACCUGAAGGAAAGUAUGGAUCUUUAAAGAUUUGUUUGAUUCUACAGCAUGUUUGAGAAGCAUAAUGCUGGCGAAAGGUUUGCUCUCCUAGCUUCAAGCGUUGGUAAUACAAUGAAGUUGAGCGAUGUGGCUGACAAAAGAGGGUUUGGAUGGUGUAAAAUCUGAGGUUACUAACACUGGACCAGAAGGAAUACUUUUUUGUGUAUUAUUUCAGAACAUAUUUUUUUUUUAUGCUAUUGCAGAGUUUUACAUUAUUAUGGACUAUCUUUUCUUGACUUGUUAGAAUAAAAAAGCAUAAAGAAUACACCGUGUAUUUAUUAAUAUGAAGACAGGAUUUUUCUUAGAUUUAUGUUCAGUGUACUGCAGACAUAGAACUAAUUUUGGAUGUUACCGCUUAAUCAGCAUACUGUAUGUUUUUCCAAUUUGUUGUAUUUGUGUUGGUUUUUUUAAAUAAAUCCUUCUAAUUUAAAGAUUGUCAUUUAUUU